AUGGUCAAGAAGAGAGCGUCCAAUGGACGUAACAAGAAGGGCCGUGGUCACGUUAAGCCCAUCCGAUGCUCCAACUGCUCACGAUGCACCCCUAAGGACAAGGCCAUCAAGCGUUUCACCAUCCGCAACAUGGUCGAAUCCGCCGCUAUUCGUGAUAUCUCGGAUGCCUCUGUCUUCACAGACUACGCCGUUCCCAAGAUGUACUUGAAGCUUCAGUACUGCGUCUCCUGCGCCAUUCACGGCAAGAUUGUCCGUGUCCGUUCCCGUGAAGGCCGUCGCAACCGUGCUCCUCCUCCUCGUAUCCGAUACAACAAGGAUGGCAAGAAGCUGAACCCCCAGCAAGCCGCCAAGACCGCAUAA